AUGCGCGGCCCCCGCACCUUCCGUCCCGCGGCCAUGCUGGUGGAGCGCUCGGCCGACUUCGGGCGCACGUGGCGCGUGUACCGCUACUUCGCCUACGACUGCGCGGCCGCCUUCCCCCGCGUGCCCCGCGGGCCCCUGCGCCGCGUCGACGACGUCGUCUGCGAGUCGCGCUACUCCGACAUCGAGCCCUCCACCGAGGGCGAGGUCAUCUACCGAGUGCUGGACCCGGCCAUCCCCAUCCCGGACCCCUACAGCGCCGACAUCCAGAACCUGCUGCGCGUCACCAACCUGCGGGUGAACCUCACCAAGCUGCACACGCUGGGCGACAACCUGCUGGACUCGCGGCGGGAGAUCCGCGAGAAGUACUACUAUGCCCUGUACGAGCUGGUGCUGCGCGGCAACUGCUUCUGCUACGGGCACGCCUCGGAGUGCGCCCCGCUCAGCGGCAGCGCCCCGGACACCGAGGGCAUGGUGCACGGCCGCUGCGUCUGCAAGCACCACACGCAGGGCCUCAACUGUGAGCGCUGCGAGGAUUUCUACCACGACCUGCCCUGGCGCCCGGCCGAGGGCAGCAGCACCAAUGCCUGCCGCAGGUGCGACUGCAACGAGCACUCGCAGCGGUGCCACUUCGACAUGGCCGUGUACCUGGCCACGGGCAACGCGAGCGGGGCCGUGUGCGACGGCUGCCAGCACAACACCAUGGGCCGCCGCUGCCACCUCUGCAAGCCCUUCUACUACAAGGACCCCAGCAAGGACCUGCGGGACCCCGCGGUGUGCCGAGCCUGCGACUGCGACCCCGAGGGCUCGCUGGACGGCGGGCUCUGCGACGCUGCCGACGACCCGGCGCGGGGGCUCAUCGCGGGGCAGUGCCGCUGCAAGGAGCACGUGCGGGGCCCCCGCUGUGACCGCUGCAAGCCCGGCUUCUUCGGGCUCAGCGCCAACGACCCGCAGGGCUGCCAGCGGUGCCAGUGUGACCCGCGCGGCACCGUGGCCGACGGCAGCCGCUGUGACCCCGUCAGCGGUGAAUGUCUCUGCAAGCGGCUGGUGACCGGGCGCAGCUGCAACCAGUGCUUGCCCGAGCACUGGGCUCUGAGCCACGACCUGCAGGGGUGCCGGCCCUGCGACUGCGACGUGGGAGGUGCCCGUGACAACCGGUGUGCCAUGGAGACGGGGCAGUGCCGGUGCCGCAGCCACAUGGUGGGACGGCAGUGCAGCCAGGUGGAGCCCGGCUUCUACUACAUCAACCUGGACCACUACACCUACGAGGCCGAGGAUGCCCGGCUGCUGCAGGGCUCCGUGGUGGAGCGCGAGCCCCUGGUCGGCCACCCGGCCUCGUGGACCGGCACGGGCUUUGCCCGCGUAGCGGAGGGCAGCUCGGUGGAGUUCCACGUGGCCAACGUGCCCUUCUCCAUGGAGUACGACGUGGUCAUCCGCUACGAGCCCCAGCACCCGGAGCCCUGGAAGGAGGUGAGGCUGUGGGUGCUGCGGCCCAGCCCCGUGUCCGCCAGCAGCCCCUGCGGAAACACCAUCCCGGCGGACGACCAGCUCUCCACCAGCCUCCCGUCGGGCGCCAGGUACGUGGUGCUGCCGCAGCCCGUGUGCCUGGAGCAGGGCGUCUCCUACACCCUCCGCCUGGAGCUGGGCUGUGCCACAGGCCGCCGCGAGCCGCCCGCCGCCAGCAUGCUCAUCGACUCGCUGGUGCUCCUGCCCCGUCACUCCUCGCUGGAGAUGUUCAUCGCGGGCGACCCCGGCGCCAUGGGGCGGCGGGAGACCUUCGAGCGCUACCGCUGCGGCCAGCACUUCCACGCGGCGGGGAGAUCACCCGUGGGCGAGCCCUGCUCCAGCCUCCUGCGCAGCCUCUCGGCCCUGCUGCACGACGGGGCGCUGCCCUGCCUCUGCGACCCGCAGGGCUCGCUCAGCGCCGAGUGCCGGCCCCAGGGCGGGCAGUGCCAGUGCAAGGCCAACGUGGCGGGACGCCGCUGCCACCGCUGCUCCCCGGGCACCUUCGGCUUCGGGCCCGCUGGGUGCCGAGCCUGCCAGUGCAGCAGCGAGGGGGCGGUGAGCAGCGUCUGCGACAGCGCCACGGGGCAGUGCCCGUGCCGCGAGGGCGCCCACGGGCUGCGCUGCGACCGCUGCCAGCCCGGCCACUGGGGCUUCCCGGCGUGCCGGCCCUGCCAGUGCAACGGGCACGCCGAGGAGUGCGAGCCGCGCACGGGCAGCUGCCUGCGCUGCCGCGACCACACGGACGGCGAGAGGUGUCAACGGUGCGUGGCUGGGCACUUCGGGAACCCGGCGCUGGGCUCCGGGCAGCACUGCCGGCCCUGCCCCUGCCCGGAGGGGCCUGGCAGCAACCGCCACUUUGCCGCCUCGUGCCACCAGGACGGGCAGUCCCAGCAGGUUGUCUGUCACUGCAGCCCCGGGUACACAGGUCCCCGCUGUGACGAGUGCGCGCCCGGCUACUACGGGGACCCGCUGCAGUUGGGCGGGCGCUGCCUGCCCUGCCAGUGCCACAACAACAUCGACACGAGCGACCCGGAGGCCUGCGACCGGCGCACGGGGCGCUGCCUGCGCUGCCUCUACAACACGGCGGGACCCCACUGCGCCGAGUGCCAGCCCGGCUACUACGGGGACGCCACGCGGCACAGCUGCCGGCGUUGCUCCUGCAACGCUCUGGGCACCGACCCCAGCACCUGUGGGCCGCACGAGUGCCGGUGCGACGGGCGCAGCGGGCAGUGCCACUGCCUGCCGCACGUGGAGGGCCAGAGCUGCGACCGCUGCCGCCCCAACUACUGGAACCUGGGCAGCGGGCAGGGCUGCGAGCCCUGCGCCUGCCACCCGCAGCACGCCCUGGCACCCGCCUGCAACCAGUUCACGGGGCAGUGCUCGUGCCGGGCGGGCUUUGGUGGCCGCACCUGCGCCGACUGCCAGGAGAACCACUGGGGCGACCCGCGGCAGCUGUGCCGAGCCUGCGACUGUGACCCUCGUGGUGUUGCCAGUGCCCAGUGCCACCGCGGCAGCGGGCACUGCGACUGCCGGCCCGGCGUCUCGGGCGUGCGCUGCGACCAGUGCGCCCGGGGCUUUGCCGGCGCCUUCCCUGCCUGCCAUCCCUGCCACCCCUGCUUCGGGGACUGGGACCGCGUGGUGCAGGACCUGGCGGCGCGCACGCGGGCGCUGGCGCAGCGCGCCAGCCUCCUGCAGCACACGGGCGCCGCCGGCGCCUUCGAGGGCACCUUCCGCCGGCUGCAGGACAGCCUGGCCGCCGCACAGGCCAUCGUCGCCGCCCGCAAUGCCACCGCGGCCACUGCCACGCAUCUCGUGCGCACCAUGGAUGCGCUGCGGCAGCAGAUCGAAGAGGCCACCGAGAGGCUGACGCAGCUGGAGGGGCAGCUGACGGCCACCCAGGACAGCAACUUCAACGCGAGCCACGUGCUGAGCACCGUGGAGCGGGGCGCGCGCGCCCUCAACCACAGCGUGCAGGAGCUGGGCCAGCGGCUGCACACCCUCAAGACGUCCAAUUUCCUUGGUGCCUACGACAGCAUCCGCCAGUCCCACGCGGAGUGGCGGGAGGCCGAGCGGCGGGCGGACGAUGCGGCGCGCGCCCCACACGGCCCCGUGAGCGCUUCAGCAGCCGCGCGGCACCGCGCGGAGCAGCUGCUGGCCGCCCGCCGCGACGGCUUCAACCGGCGCAACGCGGCCAGCCGGCGGGCGCUGACGGAGCUGGCGGCGCGGGCGCGCGCGCUGAGCCUGCACCCGCUCAACGAGAAGGUGUGCGGGGCCGCGGCCGACGUGCCCUGCGCCGAGAGCCCGUGCGGAGGAGCCGGCUGCCGGGAUGAGGACGGAGGCCGGCGCUGCGGGGGCCUGAGCUGCGGCGGGGCCGUGUCCACGGCGGACAGCGCGCUGGCCCGGGCACGCCAUGCCCACGAGGAGCUGCAGCGCGGCACCGCCGACGUGGCCCAGCUCUCCCACAGGGUGGCUGAGGCCAAGGGGAAGGCGGACGAGGCCCGGCUGCGGGCGCAGGCGGCCCUGGACAAGGCCAACGAGACCAGGGCGCGCGUGGAGCGCUCCAACAAGGAGCUGCGGGAGCUCAUCAGCCACGUCAAGGCCUUCCUGAGCCAGGAGGGUGCCGACCCCGAGAGCAUCGAGGUGGUGGCCAGCCGCGUGCUGGAGCUGUCGCUGCCGGCCUCGCCGGCGCAGAUCCACGGGCUGGCCGAGGAGAUCAAGGCGCGGGUGCGCGGGCUGGCCAGCGUGGACGCCAUCCUGGAGCAGACGGCCGGCGACGUGCGCCAGGCCGGGCGGCUGCUGCAGGACGCGCAGAGGGCCAGGUCGCGGGCCGAGAGCGUGAGGAGCACGGCCGGGGCGGUGCGGCAGGCGCUGCAGGAGGCGCAGCGCGCGCAGGGCACGGCCGAGGAGGCCAUCGGCAGCGCCACCGGUGACAUGCGGCACAGCGAGAGAGCGCUCGGCGCGAUCCAGGCGCAGAUGGCGGACACCGAGCAGCAUCUGGCCAGCGCCACGGAGCGGGUUGGGCUGCUGGACGGGCAGCUGGACGCGCUCAAGGUGAAGCGAGCCAACAACAGCCUGGCCGCCGCGCGCGCCGAGGACGCGGCGGGCGGCGCGCGCGCCCGAGCCGACGAGGCCAAGCAGCUGCUCGAGGGCCACCUGCGGGACCGGUACCGCACGGCGCAGGAGCUGGUGCAGCACCGGGCGCAGGGCGCGCUGCAGGCGGGGAGCCGGGCGGACGAGCUGCGCGCCGAGGCUGCGGGGCUGCUGCGCGAGGCGCAGGACAAGCUGCAGCGCCUGCGAGUGCUGGAGGAGGCCUACGAGCACAACGAGCGGGUGCUGGACACCAAGGCGGCGCAGCUGGACGGGCUGGAGGCCAGGAUGAGGGGCAUCUUGGAGGCCAUCAACCAGCAGGUGCAGAUCUACAACACCUGCCAGUGAGCGCCCGGUGG